AUGGCGGCGGCGGCGGGCGGCUGGUUCUGGGUGGGCUUCGGGGCGGCGGAGGGCGUGGGGCCGGAGCCGGUGCUGCUGGGGGCCCCGCCAGAAACGAUCCGGGCGCUGCGGCCCAGCUGGAGCUUCGUGGGGCUCGUGGAGGCGGCGGGGGGCGCGCGGCUGGUGGCGCGGCGGGGGAGCGGGGCGGCGUCGGCGGCGGUGCCGGGCGGGGCGUGCCGGGACUUGGUGGCGUCGGAGCGGCACGUGGUGGUGCUGCGGGAGGCGGCGCUGGAGGCCUGGCGAGUGGAGGGGCCCGGCGCGGCCUUGCGCGCCCAACAGCCCGUCUGGCGGCGGCAGCUCAGCGCCCACGAGGCGGCGGCCGCAGGUGAGUCGCGGGCGGGCGGGCAGGGAGGGAGGCGCCGCUGCCCCGACGGCCGCUGCUCCUCGCCGGCCUCUCCUCUUCCUCGCUCUCUCCUCCCCGCAGAGCUGCCGCUGGUGGCGGGCGGGUACGUGGAGCCGCGGGCGGCCUCCUUCUUCCGGCCCCUGUCGCCGGCCCUGCGAGCGCGCCAGCUGGCUCUGGGCCACGAACACGCGCUCCUCCUGGCCGCAGCAGCCCCCGACGCCGGGCACCUCUUCGCCUGGGGCGCCGGCAGGCACGGGCAGCUGGGCCACGGAGACCUCGCGAGCGCCGCAGAGCCCCGGCUGGUGGAGGCCUUGCAGGGGGUGCCCCUGGGCCAGGUGGCGGCCGGAGGCUGGCAUUCCGCCGCCGUCGGGGAGGCCGGGGAGCUCUACUUGUGGGGCUGGAACGAGUCCGGUCAGCUGGGGCUGCCUGCCAAAGGGAUGAUGGGAAGCCCUGGCGGGGCCACCACGGCUGAGGCCCAGUGCAGCAGAAGACCGUCUGGCGGGUUGCAGGCACCGCAGGAGAGCCCCCCGGCUGCCUUCAUUUCCAUCCAGGCCUUCCCUGCUCUGCUGGAUAUGCCUGAAGAGGCAGACGUCAGCAAGGUCAGCUGCGGAUCCCGUCACACAGCAGCCCUGACACGAACUGGGGAGCUCUACACAUGGGGCUGGGGUAAAUAUGGGCAACUGGGCCACAGGAACACAGCUACUUGCGACAGGCCCACGAAAGUCUGCUGCUUUGAGGCCUGGGGCCUUGGGGUGGCAGAGGUGGUGUGUGGGCCCUGGACCACCUUUGUUCUUGCCCUGCCUCUCUCUCACCCACAAAGGCACAGCUGCCAAAGGGCAGAGCACCCAGAGGAAUCCUCAGCCUGCCCUCCAGAAGAUGCCAGCGGAGCCUUCUUGCCAGCAGGGGCACCCUGACCAGAGUCGGAACGGAUGCAGCAGCUGGAAAGCCACCCCCCCCCCCCCAAAAAAGACAGUGCAUACCCAGAUCAGCAAUAGAGCCAUUCUUGCUUUAUUUUAUGCAGAGAGAAGCUACAAAACACUGUCUAAUAAUUCAUUUUAUUAAUAAAGUCUUUAGUCUUCUUUA